UUGUUCUCAUUUAGUUAAAUUGUAUUGAAUACAACGAGCGGACAUCCAAAUUGACCGUCAUGCAGUUUUUUAAAGUUGUAGCAUUCCUAAAUUUAUUAAUCGUGUGCACGUCUGCAGAAACUUAUUCCAAUUCAACUCAAGUUUUAAGUCGUCGAAAACGAUAUAUUGCAUUUCCAGAUGGUUCUUCCGUUUCGGCAGCCAUUUGUUUAACCAUUGGAGUGGUGGGAAAUCCCCAUGUAGAUUAUUUAAGUUGGGCUGUAAAUUGGGGUGUAGCCUAUAAUUUACCAAAUUAUGCCUGGGCACGUAAACAUGCCCAGGGAUUUUCCAAUAUAACAAAAGCCAUAAUCCAAAGACGUUCUAGAAGAGAUCUCUAUGAGAAACUCGAGUUAAUGAUAGACAACAUGGGAUUCAGUGGUAAUACCUGUAUAGCGCGAGCGCUUUGCGAAAGUGCUCAAAUUUUGCAGUAUUUGCGGCAGCGGCGUGGCAACAUGAUUGAGGAAAUUGUAAAAACUAUUUUUAGUUUACCAACAGCUCCCGUAGAAUAUCAUGAGCCAGAUAAACAUCAUUUAUAUGAUCGUUUGUAUAGACGAGCUAAACGUUCCGAAAUUAAUUGCGCUAUGGAAUAUUCCUCAUGUCGGUUUUCAUUGCUUGAAAUGGCUUUGGGCAAAUAUUCAGUAGGAUCAACGAAAUUAAGUCCGGGAUUUGUUUUCAUGUAAAAUUCAUUAAUAAGUUGAUAUGUGAAAUAAAGACGAACCAGUUUUAUAACAGAACAA